GCCCCCGGUGCGGAGCGGCGUCUGUGACGCAUAUUUUCAUCGACUAUGAAGUGCACAGCUGAGCUAAACUGACACGAUGGACGUUUAACGAUAAAUUGGGUCAUUUUAAUCCUGUCCACAGGCCGUGAUCGUGCUUAGUGCCACUGAGGCCUUCCGUCUGAAAUGUCUCUCAUACUUCACGGAGUCGAGUUUGUAUUUUACGCCUUAUUUAAUAGGUUUUCCCGCCGUUAACCAGCUCGUGUUAUUGCAGGACAGGUGUCUCGGCUAGUUCAAAAUGACUCUUCCAGCUCUGCACAACACCAGCGUGCUUUACAGACGGAUACUGUCACAGUUUCCUCAGGACAUCAGCUUAGCGUUUGCCUACGGAUCUGGCGUUUUUAAACAGCAUGGGACCAGCCAAGGUCAAAUGGAGAAAAACAUGCUGGACUUUGUGUUUGCGGUGGACGACCCGGUGACGUGGCACACCAUGAAUCUGCUGCAGAAUCGCAAACACUACUCCAUCCUCAAGCUGCUGGGUCCCACAGUAAUCAGCUCCAUACAAAAUGAUCACGGAGCUUCGGUGUACUACAACACGCUGGUGCCUGUGGAUGGAAGGAUAAUAAAAUAUGGGGUAAUAAGUACAGACUCUCUGAUUGACGACCUGAUACACUGGAAGACCAUGUAUGUAGCUGGGCGCCUGCACAAACCGGUGAGAUUGCUGGUCCAGAGUGAGAGCCGAAAGCUCCGCGCUGCCCUGGUCGCCAACCUGAAGAGCGCUGUGACUGCUUCCUUCCUGAUGCUCCCAGAGAGCUUCACUGAGGAAGACCUUUUCCUGCAGAUAGCUGGUCUUUCUUAUGCUGGGGAUUUUAGGAUGGUGCUUGGAGAGGAUAAGUCCAAGGUGGCCAAUAUCGUCAAAGACAACAUUCAACACUUCAGGAUUUUGUAUAGCAACAUCUUAAGAGAUUGCCCUCAAGUGGUCUACAAACCUCACCAAGGAAAACUUGAGGUUGACAAAAGCCCAGAAGGCCAAUUUACUCAGCUGAUGGCGUUACCUCGGACUCUCCAACAAAGGAUCACAAAGCUGGUUGAUCCUCCAGGGAAGAACCGGGAUGUGGAAGAGAUCCUGCUCCAGGUGGCUCAGGAUCCUGACUGUGGAACAGUUGUGCAACAAGGUAUCUCAUCCAUUGUGAAAUCCUCCAGUAUAACACAGAGUAUCAAAGGCAUUGCUACAGCUGGAUUGUGGAAGACUGUAUCCUACAGCUCCAAAAAACUGAUGAAGAUGUGGAAGGGCGGGAGGAGGAAGCCGUCGGUCUCUCAGAUGUCUUGACCUUGUCAGUUUACCAGGAACUUGUUCGUCUUUGUUACUGUCAGUCUGACAAUCUAAUGCUGCCCGUCCUUUUUUAAAACCCCAUCUAGAACAAUCACACCCUAACCUAUGGUUGUAUCACUCUGUAGUGUCUACGUAUGCGACCUAUGACCAGGUGUAAGGCAGUGUGUGGAAAAAUACGAACCAUCUGUGCUUGAGCCCUCAUUAAAUUCAUAUAAUUCAUGAAUAAAGGGUGGCAUUUUCUAAGUUGGACUGAGUAAUGGCUGACAUUUGCCGGUAGUACAGAUUAGCUUUUCUGGAUGAUGGACUACAGUGACUGAUGACAUACUGAAAGGUCUGAAUGGACUACUUUUAAAGGCCAUGCAGUAAAAAUAGCCCAAAAUCAGUGUUAAGAACUUGAAACCUGUACCUCAAGUUUUGUGAAGGAAUAGGUUUGGUCGCAUGUGUGUCUUCUGAAUCAAGGUCAGUGUUGUGUUGAGUUUUCUUUGUGAACGGUGCUAUCAACAGGUCAGGUGGCUGGAUCUGUGUGACAAACACCCAUAUUUGUGUGGAUAUUUGUGACAUAACGCUUUCCUGAGCCCUCUACCGUGUCCAUAACCAUCCCAUCUCAGUGCCUAACACUUCAACUGUAAAACUAAGUCUUGAGCCUCAACCAGGCCUUUAAAAGGAUAAGAAGAAGUGAUUAUCGGCUGAAACGUCCUCACUCCACUAGUCUAACACACAAACUAGUCCUCACGAGGAUGGCACACUUAUUUCCCUACACAUUUCACCAAAGAUCUCUAAUGUUCAACUCUUUAGUCUGUGUGUCUUUAUUCACUGACUUUAUUAUUUGGUUUAGCUUGUAAUGGAAACCUGAACCUUUUAAUGGGAAGAUGCACUGAUUGGUUCCUUACAAACAGGCCUGUAGUGUAAUUCAGCUGAAAGAAAUUGUUUUAAUAAAAUUUCUAAUAUAACAUCAA